AUGGCACAAUCCUCGCUGCUCGACUCGUUCGACCCCUUCGCCACGCACCCGUUCACCAAUAUUUCUGGUGUCAUCCCCCAGCCGCCUGCACCGUCGCGCUACGCGAUCCCCCAGCGACCCCGCGCGUCCACGUCGCAGACAUCGUCGGCGUCGUCCUCCCCAUCAUCAUCACAGGGCUCGUCACCCACCCUCCAAUCACCACAACCGCGACCAUUCGCUUCGUCGCCCCCUCAGCCUGUCUUUGUGCCAUUCAGGCAGGAGACGUCGUCACCAGACCUGGUGUUGAAGAAGAAGGGGCUCCGAUACUGA